UUCAGAGCGAGAGAGUUAAGAACUUGUGAAUGUCACUUGCACACUGUGCUGCUGGGAGAGCCUGUGUGGGCUUAAAGGGGCAGCAGUGAAGUCAUGAAGGUGCUGGUGACUUGGCUGCUUUCAGCCUGGGUGGUAUGGGGAGCAUUAGGGAACAUUGUCCAUCUCCACAAAACAAAUGACCAGGAUGGCAGAUGCAUCUAUUCCUUCACAGUCCCCAGUGCAAAUGAAGCCAGCUGUGCCAACCCUGGGGAAGGAAUGGCGGCAGUCCAUGAUCUCCGGCAGGAGAGCAACAGCCAACGCCUGGAACUGGAGUCUGUUAGAGCAAGGCUUGGCCUCCUGGAGAACCUGGUCAAGCAUCUGCAUGGAAGUCAAGGGGCAAAGAGUUCCUCCCUUUCAGUGGUGGGGUUACUUCAAAGAGAGGUGGAGAGUCUGAAGAGGGAGCAAGACCAGAGGGACACCCAGGUCAGCAGAUUGGAAUCCACCAUCGGUAAGCUCCUCCAAGAUAAGUCUCGUUUAGAAGAGGACAAGAAGUGGCUGGAGGAAGAGAAGAAUGAGCUGGGGAGGAGGUUGAAGAUCAGCAUUCAGGAGAUGGCUCGGCUGAAAGCAAGUCAGUGUCCCCAGACUGGAGAGGCGUCCAGCAGGGACUCCCUUCAAGGUACUCUAGAAGUGUCAAAGUGGGAAACUGACAGUUUGGACUACCAAGAGCUCAAAUCAGAACUGGUGGAGGUUCCUGCAUCCCGUCUUUUCCAAGGAAGCCCCUCCCCCAGCCUCCCUAGUGCAGAAGCUGAAGAAUCAGGCUGUGGAAUGCUGGUAUGGGUUGGUGAACCAGUGACCUUUCGCAGGGCAGAGACCAUUGCUGGCAAGUAUGGUGUAUGGAUGCGGGACCCAGAACCUAUCUCUCCAUACUCCCGAGAGACAACUUGGAGAGUUGACACCGUUGGCACAGAUGUCCGUCAAGUCUUUGAGUACGAUGACGCAGAUCAGUUCAUGAAAGGCUACCCUUCCAAAGUACAUGUGUUGCCCAGAUCUAUGGAGAGCACUGGAGCUGUUGUUUAUCGGGGUUCCCUCUAUUUUCAGAUGCACAAGUCCAGAAUACUGGCAAAAUACGACCUGAAGGCUGAAGCUAUUACAGUCCAAAAGGAGCUACCCAAUGCUGGUUACCAUGGACAGUUCCCUUACUCGUGGGGUGGCUAUACAGACAUCGAUCUUGCAGUUGAUGAGAUGGGGCUAUGGGCGAUUUAUAGUACUGAAAAAGUGAAGGGGGCUAUUGUACUUUCCAAACUGGAUACAGAGACCCUAGAGAUUGAACAGACAUGGGAAACCAACAUCUACAAGCAGUCAGUGGCAAACUCCUUUAUGAUCUGUGGCUCCUUGUACACCAUCAGCAGCUACUCAUCCCCUGAGGCCACUGUAAAUUUCAUCUACCGCACUAGCACAGGAACUAGUACACUACUGAACAUUCCCUUUGAGAACCGCUACAGAUACAGCAGCAUGGUAGAUUACAAUCCUACAGAGAGAAAACUCUUGGCUUGGGACAAUUUCAAUAUGGUUGCCUAUGACAUCAAGCUUUCCAAGAUGUUAUUUGCUUGAAGAGGGUGGGAAGUUAUUAUGUGCCAGCAGGGCUAAACCAAGGAAGCUUGGGACAGGACGUCCAUAUGGCCACUCUUCCUUCUACUAAUUCAUAAUAUGGGACACAGAAAUCACACCAAUGUUCUCCAGAGUAAACUCCAUUGAAGGAACAAGAGCUGUGCAAGAUCACUACUGUGUGUGGACCUGCUUUGCUUUUGUGCAUCUCCUGUUCAUUUCAAUGGGACUUACGCAGGAGAACUUCCCAUGGAUUACACCCCACCUUGCUGUCCUUAAUGUAGACCCAAUGCCAUUUGCUCCAAAUGCCUUUGCUAAUUAGUCCUAGAGCACAAAUGAGUGCAGCCAUGAA